GAUGGCUCCAAGAUUUGAAUUAGCAGUUGGUCUUAAUAGAGGCCAUAAAACAACUAAAAUUCGUGUGGCAAAAAAUAAAAAUGAGAAGAAAAAAACAGUAUGUGUUUUACCAGCAAGAUUAAAAGGGAGACAAACUAAACAUAGCAAAUUUGUCAGAGACUUAAUUCGUGAAGUAACUGGUCAUGCACCAUAUGAAAAACGUGCUAUGGAAUUGUUAAAAGUUUCCAAGGAUAAACGUGCAUUGAAAUUUUUAAAAAGAAGGUUGGGUACACAUAUCAGAGCUAAAAGGAAGCGUGAAGAACUUGGAAAUAUUCUUGUCCAAAUGAGAAAAGCUGCUGCACAUCAUUAAAUAAUAUAUUAUUAAAUUUUUAUAAUAAGUGUAUAAUAAAAACUAUACAUGAAAAAAAA